AUGUCUUUCCACUCCUUUUCCUUUACACCAUAUUUUCAUAUUGAAGAUGAAUAUGAUGGUAUCAAUAACUUUGACCCAUCUGGAACAUCAGAAGAUACUUUUAACCUUUUAGCUGAUGACACACAAUUAUUU